GGAGAACAGAACCCUACGAUGAACAGGUGAUCCCAUACGGAAAUGACAUACCAAAGCCAUACCUCGACGAUCUUCCGCCAGAACUCAGUCGAUGGGACCGAAAGCCAUCGCCACGCCCCGUAUUGGAUCCUUAUCAGCGAUAUUGUUAUCGAGAGGGCUUUGUAAAGCCACCACGAACCCACCACUGUCGCAUUUUGUGUCUUGGGCUACGAUCAUCACUGUCCCUGGAUUGGUGGGUGCGUGGGUGCUCAAAACAGAAAAAGAUUGUUCAUCACGCCACUGCUCCUGAUAACCCGCCUGGGACACCGGCCACGUUUAAUACGCCCACCAUAGACGCCAACCUAAUAGCAUUGCUCGUUACUUCAGGUCUAUUCUGCCUCUUCUCAACAGGAAUGUUCUUUACGCACCUGCACCUUUUAUGUCGUAAUGCCAGCACCGUUGAAUGGCACACAUUCUCCGGGAUGAAGGAACAAGAAAGGGCAGUCCUCAGCCAAGUCAUUCCAGUCUGCAAGUGCUUGGGGAUGGAUAGGGAAGGCGACGGUGGUCUUUUGGGCGGAAGAGAGAACAAUCAACCAUUCAGGGGUAACCCCCGGAAAGAGCUUGGGCUUCCUAGUGGUUUCAAGGGAAGGAGAGCAUUGCGGAAACGUUGGGAUGAAGAAUGGGGUCGCAUAGGGAAAGAGGGCAAUCUCUGGUGGUGA